AUGCAUCCUGAGAGGUGGCUAUCUUGUUGCUACCCUGCUUUCUCUCUGUGGGCAUUCGUGUUCACAUUCUUGAUUAAAGAUACCACAGCCUGCGUAUCAGAGGAACGGUUAUUUCACAAACUCUUCUCCCAGUACAACCAGUUCAUCAGGCCAGUGGAAAAUGUGUCUGAUCCUGUCACAGUCUAUUUUGAAGUGGCCAUUACCCAGCUUACAAAUGUGGAUGAAGUCAACCAGAUUAUGGAAACAAAUUUGUGGCUAAGACACAUUUGGAAUGACUACAAACUGCGAUGGGAUCCUAGAGAAUACGAUGGCAUUGAGUUUGUUCGGGUACCCGCAGAUAAAAUUUGGAAACCAGAUAUUGUCUUGUAUAAUAAUGCUGUGGGAGAUUUUCAAGUCGAAGGCAAGACCAAAGCCCUUCUUCGCUAUGAUGGAAUGAUCACCUGGACCCCACCAGCUAUUUUUAAAAGCUCCUGUCCUAUGGAUAUUACCUUUUUCCCAUUUGAUCAUCAGAACUGUUCGCUGAAAUUUGGCUCAUGGACCUAUGACAAAGCCAAAAUUGAUCUUCUGAUCAUUGGAUCAAAAGUAGAUAUGAAUGAAUUUUGGGAAAACAGUGAAUGGGAAAUAGUUGAUGCUUCUGGCUACAAACAUGACAUCAAAUAUAACUGCUGUGAAGAAAUCUACACAGACAUAACGUACUCCUUUUAUAUUCGAAGGUUGCCAAUGUUUUACACCAUAAAUCUGAUCAUUCCCUGUCUCUUCAUCUCAUUCCUGACUGUGUUAGUUUUUUACCUGCCAUCUGACUGUGGUGAGAAAGUGACUCUUUGCAUCUCUGUGCUCCUUUCUUUGACUGUGUUUUUACUGGUGAUCACAGAAACAAUCCCAUCCACCUCUUUAGUAAUUCCCCUCGUAGGUGAAUAUUUACUCUUCACUAUGAUAUUUGUGACUCUGUCAAUUGUCAUCACGGUGUUUGUCCUGAAUAUACAUUACAGGACACCAACCACACACACAAUGCCCAAAUGGGUAAAAACUGUCUUUCUUAGCCUGCUCCCCAAAGUCCUGUUGAUGCAGAGGCCAGUAGAACAGCAGAAAAAAAACAUCUGCAGAAAAACCAAGAAAGGAUCAACCAAUACAUUGGGCAAGUCAAAGCGCAGCAAACAUAAAGAUACCAAAUUACACAAGGAGCAGCGAUGCAGUCACUGUGAGAAGGCAACUGAACUCACUGCCACCAAAAGAAGACGACUGAGCCAUCAGUCACUGAAAUGGGUGGCAGAGCACACGGAGUAUUCCCCAGAAGUGAAGGAUGUCAUUAGAAGCGUUCAGUUCAUUGCAGAGAACAUGAGGUCUCAAAAUGAAACCAAAGAGGUGGAAGAUGAUUGGAAAUAUGUAGCUAUGGUGAUAGACAGAGUAUUUCUCUGGGUAUUUAUAAUCCUUUGCGUGUUUGGGACUGCAGGGCUCUUUGUACAGCCAUUAAUAGCAGAUACAUAAUUUGAUCCACUGCUUUUU